CUCUGGACCCGAAACCGUCGACCAGUGAUAUUGAUGUGCUUUUCUACAUUUCUACAUUUUCCCGUCCUGUUUGAGCGUUGAGCUACAGCGACCGUAAUAAUGGAAGAGGUGGAAAAAAGACCGAAGUCUCAAUGCGGAGAAGGCAAACAAUUUGACCCACACUUCAAGGGGCCCAUUCACUACAGGGAAUGCACAGAUGUUCUCUGCUGUCUUCUUUUCAUUGUGGCCUUGGUGGGCUACUUAGCUGUGGGAAUCAUUGCCUGGUCCAAUGGCGAUCCCCGAAAAAUGCUGUAUCCCACAGACAGUGAUGGGAACUUCUGUGGGCAAGGUUCCAUGGUGGAUAAACCUUUCCUCUUUUACUUCAGUAUCUUGGAUUGUCUGAAUCCAAACGUGCUGGUUGAGUUCCAGUGUCCCACCCCACAGAUGUGUGUGGAAAAUUGUCCUACAAUGGCUAUGUGGCUGAACGACGCAAAAAACCAAGCACAAAAGAAUUAUUACAUGCAGUACUGCAAGGACUCGAAUAAACAGGUAAAAGUCCUUCCUAAAGACUCAUGCCCUCCUUUUCUCAUACCCAUGGUACCCUUCGCACGUCGCUGCCUUCCAGAGCUGUCAGGAAACACAACAAGCGUCAAAUUUAAAGAUCUUCUAGAUAAGCAGUUUGGUGAUGCAAUGAAAUAUCUGAACGCGUCAAAAAAUUCCAACUAUGUUGUUCAAGCUCAGUUUGUGGCCAUGCAAAUCCUUCAGGACUUCGCUCAGUCGUGGCACUGGAUAAUGGUGGCUCUUGUGAUAGCCAUGGUUGCCAGCUUUACCUUUGUCAUGCUGCUUCGCUUCCUGGCAGGCCUCAUGGUCUGGAUCAUGAUUGUUCUGGUGGUUGUAGUUAUCGGAUACUGUAUUAUCCAUUGUUACCAGCAGUUCAAAGGUUUUAAAGGAGAGAAUGGAGCAGAAGUGGCUGACCUGGACCUGCAUACCGACCCCCUUGUCUACCUUGAGAUCAGACAGACCUGGCUCGCCUUCAUGAUCAUUCUCAGCAUUUCGGAGGUCUUCAUCAUCCUGCUUCUUAUCUACCUCAGGAGGAGGAUCUUGGUUGCUGUCGCCCUCAUUAAAGAGGCCAGCAGAGCUGUUGGACAACUGACGUCAGCAUUAUUCUUCCCCUUGGUGACCUUUUCCCUCCUGUCAGUGAUCAUAGCUUACUGGGCAACCACUGCUGUUUUCUUGUCCACAUCCAAUGAGCAGGUGUACAAAUAUUUCUGCGCUGAUACGUCGCAGUGGCAGACUUGUGACCCUAAGAAUUUCAACAUCCCAGCUAAAUGUUCGAAGUGUGCCUUUGCCUUCUACGGCGGGGAGACAACCUACCACAAAUGUCUCAACUUCUUUCAGUUUUACAACCUCUUCCUCUUCCUCUGGUGUGCCAACUUUGUGGUGGCCCUGGGACAGGUCACCCUGGCUGGGGCCUUUGCCUCAUAUUAUUGGGCUUUCAACAAGCCCGACGACAUCCCCACCUUCCCCAUCAUCUCCUCCUUGAGUCGAGUCCUCAGGUAUCACAUGGGCUCCCUGGCGUUUGGUUCUAUGAUAUUGGCUGUGGUCCAGUUCAUCAGGAUUGUUCUGGAGUACAUGGAGCAGAGACUGCAAGGUACUGAAAACAAGGUGACUAAAUUCUUGCUGAGGUGCCUGAAAUGUUGCUUCUGGUGUCUGGAGAAAUGCUUCCGGUUCAUAAGCACAAAUGCAUACAUCAUGAUUGCCAUCUAUGGGAAAAAUUUCUGUUCAUCCGCCCAAGAUGCCUUCUUCCUUCUCAUGAGGAACUUCAUCAGGGUGGCUGUCUUGGGACGAGUGACUGAUUACCUUUUGUUUCUUGGAACACUGCUCAUUGUUGGAAUUGUGGGCAUCUUCUCUUUCUUCUUCUUUUCUGGAAAAAUGCAAUACGCCGAGUACAGGACUCCUUCUCUCAACUACUACUGGGUGCCAAUACUGACGGUUGUAGUUGGAUCCUAUCUCAUCACCAAAGGCUUCUUCAGUGUGUAUACUAUGUGUGUGGACACACUCUUCCUCUGCUUCUGUGAGGACUUGGAAAGAAACGACGGCUCGGCUGCAAGGCCUUACUACAUGUCGGUCGAGCUGCAUGAAAUCCUCUGCAAAACCAAGAGGUCGACGAGACGUGCAGAUGCUGUCGCCAAACCGGAGGAGGUGGUGGUGGAGCUGGAGGAGGGAAGUAAUCUUCAACAGCAACCGGGUGGAAUGAUUCAACUGAGGCAGCAGCCUUCGCUCAACCGGAUGAACACGGCUCUGCAGCCUCCGCAGGCCCAUGACGGAGAAACGGGGGGAGAAGACCAAAGAGCCAGCAGCGAAGGAGAGAAAGAAGGAGCAGAGUGGAAGGCAGUGGCAUGAGAGCAGCAGGAGAGCGUGGGAGAGGAACUUUGAGAAGAAAGAGAUUUUCAAGCCAAUAUGAAUAAUACCCAGCUUCUCAAGACCGAUACCAAUAACUUUAUACUGUAUAUACAUUCUUUUUUUUCCAUUUAGGUUUAUUUUGAAGACUUUUGCUAACCAAAUAUAAGGACAUCACUAUUAUUAACAAAAAAAAAAAAUGGUGGCGGCUCAGAAGUGCAAACCAUGGCUCCAAGGGGUUUACAAGCCGUCCGUCGACUGCCCCAGUCCCAGAUCACUUUAUCCCUCUGGGUUAAUAAGGUUCGAUGCGUUUAGUGCGAUGGUUUUUUUCACGCAUCGCGGAUUGUCGCCGAACAUUUGGUGCCACUGGCAGGCAAAAUAUUUCUCUGAAACUGAAGAAAUCUCACUCCACCAUUUGUUUCCAAGUGAGUUUGCACACAAACUCAGGCAGAUUCAUCACCUGACGUCAUAAUUCCUCAUAGAACUUUUGCAAUAUCACCAUCACUGAUACUUGUUGUCCAACGUACUACACAACAUCUCUCAAGUGGUAUUUGCGUUCGGAUCAACACGCAUUUUUUUUUCUUCCACUGUUUUUUUGCUUCCACAGAACCAUCAGGCGUGCCACUUUUGGAAGCAUGCUUCGAUUCCAGCAUUUUAUGACAAGUACAGUAAACCCCCGCUUUUAAUCGGAGUUAGUGUCAAUUCUCCCGUUCAAGAGACUCAACAUUUGCAAUAAAAGUAGUUCCAGCAUGUUCAAGCCCAACAUAUCCACACUUAUUUAACGUAAAGUGUGAGUAAAUACAGGCACCACUAAUUAAUGAGUACGUCAAUGAACAGAUGGAAUCAGUCCUGGUGUAGCCAAUGGUGUGUUCAAGCACUACCGAAGGAAAUGUAUGGAAUCAGUCGUGGUGUAGCCUACGGUGCGUUCAAGCACUACCGAAGGAAAUGUAUGGAAUCAGUCGUGGUGUAGCCUUCGGUGCGUUCAAGCACUACCGAAGGAAAUGUGAAAUGUCUAUGCUGGAUGAAAAAUUCGUAUAAAAAUUGCUGGCUUUCUAACAGUGGUACAUGUAUGCUGUUCAAUUUCCUUGUACUUAUGGUAAUAUAGUAUAAUAUUUGAUACAUUAUAAAUUGCCUACUUAUGGUGAAUAAGGUGUUUUUGGACAUAAGAAUGCUGUGUAUGGUGAACACAGCUAGUGAUUAAUUAUGUGCAAUUAUCUUGCAUGCACAGCAGGAAGCUGCAUCAGUCGUCGUCCCUCGCAGUACUGCGGUUCGAUUAUCGCUCUUUCGCUAUAUCGCAGGUUUUCAGAAAAUAAAUGAUGGCCAUUUUGGGUUAGACAUGGUCUAAUAAUGAAUAGAUAUUGAAAUACAAGUGAGACAUCAACCAGUAACUACAAAAAUAUUCAAUUUAAACACCGAAUCCUAUUAUAGCGGAAAGUCUUAAUGCGGUCGGGUCUGGAACAGAAGUUAUCAACGAGGGACAACUACAUUUAUUCGAGUUCAAACAAAUGUUGGUAAUUUCAAUCAAAUACAAGUUUUUAAAAGGCAUGAAAAUGUAUUUUUUGAUCGGAAAAAUAUUGAACUGAUCGAAUCAAACGAACCAUCAAUUUUUUUAAUUGCACCCCUAGAGUUUUGUGUGCAUAAUCCGCAAAUUUGUCCGCCCGUGAAUACUGAAUCUCGAAUAUGAGUAAGACAUAAAGGAACUCUUUGUAAAAUUGCCUUGCUGGACCAGCCUAAAUUUUACUUUUCAAUAAGGUGUGUGCUUUAUUUAAACCACAGUUGGCCUUAAGUCCUGGUUUGUCAGCAGUUUCGCCGAGGAUGUUACAUUACGGUCUUCAACGCAGAUAUGUGCUGUUUAAUAUGACAACGUGUUUAAAAUUGCUUUCAAAGGAUUUACCAAGGCAGUAGGAAAACAGAAAAAAACAAGUUUGAGCAUUGAACACAUUAGAUAGUGGAGAGUCAAAGAAAAACAGGAGAUACUGUACAUAACUCCAGGUUCAUACUGGUAGUGCUUUUAAUUUGCUCAUGUUUCUGUAUAGUUUUACACAAUACAUAAUAGGUAGGAAUGUCCCAUAUUGUUUUUUUUGCCGAUAUCCCGAUGUGUCAAUAUCAAUUUCCGAUUCUGUUACCAACUGAUACUGAUAUGUGUAACAUCACAUAACUCAUGUCGUAGAAGGACUUGACAGGACUGGGCUCAAUACCUUAUCUAUGUAUUUAUUAUGUAUUAUUGCACUGCAAAUUUGACGUGACCUGUUCCUAUUUUUCUUAAUCUCUCAUGGCUUGUCUUGGUUGUUUUAUUUUGUGAUUAAGUGAU